AUGGCCGCAGCCCGGGGCCUCUGGAACAGCUCCAUCAAUGACACGUGGGAUGGGGACGAGCUGGGCUACAAGUGCCGCUUCAACGAGGACUUCAAGUACGUGCUGCUGCCCGUGUCCUACGGCGUGGUGUGCGUGCUGGGGCUGUGCCUGAACGUGGCGGUGCUCUACAUCUUCCUCUGCCGCCUCAAGACCUGGAACGCCUCCACCACCUACAUGUUCCACCUGGCCGUGUCGGACGCGCUGUACGCGGCCUCCCUGCCGCUGCUGGUCUACUACUACGCCCGCGGCGACCACUGGCCCUUCAGCACGGUGCUCUGCAAGCUGGUGCGCUUCCUCUUCUACACCAACCUGUACUGCAGCAUCCUCUUCCUGACCUGCAUCAGCGUGCACCGCUGCCUGGGCGUGCUGCGCCCGCUGCUGUCGCUGCGCUGGGGCCGGGCCCGCUACGCGCGGCGGGUGGCGGCCGGCGUGUGGGCGCUGGUGCUGGCCUGCCAGGCGCCCGUGCUCUACUUCGUCACCACCAGCGCGCGCGGCAGCCGCAUCACCUGCCACGACACCUCGGCCCCGAGCCUGUUCGGCCACUUCCUGGUCUACACCUCCGUGAUGCUGGGCCUGCUCUUCGCCGCGCCCUUCGCCACCAUCCUGGUGUGCUACGUGCUCAUGGCGCGCCGGCUGCUGCGGCCGGCCUACGGCACCGCGGGCGGCCUGCCGCGCGCCAAGCGCAAGUCGGUGCGCACCAUCGCCGUGGUCCUGGCCGUGUUCGCCAUCUGCUUCCUGCCCUUCCACGUCACCCGGACCCUCUACUACUCCUUCCGCUCGCUGGACCUCAGCUGCCACACCCUCAACGCCAUCAACAUGGCCUACAAGAUCACCCGGCCGCUGGCCAGUGCCAACAGCUGCCUGGACCCCGUGCUCUACUUCCUGGCCGGGCAGAGGCUUGUGCGCUUCGCCCGCGACGCCAAGACGCCCACAAACCCCGCGCCCACUGCCCAGGCCAGCCGCCGGCUGGACCUGUGCAGGUUUCGCAGAACGGACACCAGGGCCGAAGCGGGGUCGGCCAGCAGUGAGAACUCCAGCAGGGAGUCCCCGCUGGCGGGUGGGGGGGAUACGAAGGACAUCAGGCUGUGA